CACUCUGUGGGUUGCUCCUUCAUUUUCGCCCUCUUUUCCCUCGUCAACCCACUCAGCCAUGGAACCAGGCGCUCCUCCGCCGCCUAUGCCGCCGCCACUCCCGUCACCCCUCCGGCAUCACCCUCUCCCUCAUCCUCUGCCGUCACCAUCCUCGGAAAGUACCAGUUGAUCCGUCUCCUAGGCCGCGGCAGCUUCGCCAAGGUUUACCAGGCUCGAUCCUUAAUCGACGGCUCCAUCGUCGCCGUGAAAAUCAUUGACAAGUCGAAAACUAAUGCCUCCAUGGAGCCUCGGAUUGUUCGUGAGGUCGAUGCAAUGCGACGGCUUCACGACCACCCUCAUAUUCUUAAAAUCCAAGAGGUUUUGGCUACGAAGACGAAGAUCUACCUGAUUGUGGAGUUCGCUGCCGGCGGGGAGUUAUUCUCCAAGAUCUCGCGUAAAGGCCGGAUGACGGAGGCGGUGGCUCGGCGGUACUUCCAGCAAUUGGUUUCCGCCCUAUGUUUCUGCCACAAAAACGGCGUCGCACACCGUGAUCUGAAGCCUCAGAAUCUUCUCUUGGACCACGAGGGGAAUCUGAAGGUCUCCGAUUUCGGACUCUCCGCCUUACCUGAACAGCUUAAAAACGGGUUGCUCCACACGGCUUGUGGCACGCCGGCUUAUACCGCGCCGGAGAUCCUCCGCCGGCGCGAAUACGAAGGCUCGAAAGCCGACGCGUGGUCGUGCGGGCUUAUACUCUACGUACUGCUCGCCGGCUACCUCCCGUUCUCCGACGCCAACAUCCCUGAGAUGUGCAAGAAGAUCAGCCGGCGAGAUUACCAGUUCCCGGAGUGGAUGUCCAAGCCGGCGCGUUUCGUGAUUAACCGACUACUCGAUCCGAACCCGAAGAAUCGGAUGAGUCUAGAAUCUCUCUAUCAAAACUCUUGGUUCAAGAAAUCGCUCAGGCCCCAACCCGACGAGAGCUUAUUCGAGUCGGGUCCCACCGCGAAAUCGUAUCAAAAGCUCGAGAGGAUGGGUUCGGGCGUGAACGCCUUCGACAUAAUCUCCAUGUCAUCAGGUCUGGACCUGACGGGGUUGUUCGAAACGACGUCGGACAACAGGAGAGAAAAGAGAUUCACAUCGAAUGCUUCAAUGAAAGCAGUGGAAGAGAAAGUGAAGGAAGUGGGAGGAAUUUUAGGGUUCAAAGUCGAGAUUAGUAAGAACGGAGCUAUUGGCUUAGGGAAAGGAAAGGUGGUUCUUGUUGUGGAGGUGUUUGAGAUAGUUCGUGAGCUGUUGAUGGUGACAGUGAAAGUGAUGAAUGGUGGGUUUGAGUUUGAUGAGGUCCACUGGGGAGACUGGAAAUCUGGGCUUCAGGAUGUUGUCCUUUCAUGGCACAAUGAAUCGCUGUGAAUAUUACAUAUAUAUAUGCUACUUGGCUAGAUAAUUAAGCUUCAACUUCUCAGUCUGAUGAAGGAAGGAAGCUAGGAUCUGAUGCGAGCCUGUGAAUUUUCUUCUCAAAUGAAGGAUCUUCUGCAACAACAAAGGCUUAAAAGAAGAUGAAGGAAGAAGGGAAAAAAAUCCAGAUGAUGAAGAAAUUGGAAUUGCAGGCUGAUGGCGAUGAAGAAGAAGGUUGUUUCGAGAUAGAGACGUGUUUUUCAUUUGAUUUUGUUUUAGGCAUUAUAUAAUCUUUUUCCGUAGAAACAAAUAACUAAUCUUAAAAAAGUAUGAAAAUAGGAGUAUUAAUUGUGCUGGGGUUUUAAGUUCAGAUCUUUUGGUUUUGAAUGAUUUUAUUGGUUGUGUUUGUACAUGAGAAUGACAGUGCAGAAAUUUCAGUGCUUCUUCCA